AUGGGCAAAAAGGACAAAAAAUCCAAGGUGGCCGACGGGGAAGUUGCGGAAAUUCAACAAAAAUCGAAUUUUCAACUUCCAACUUCUAAUGAAGCUGCGAAAUUGGAUGCCUCUCAAUGGCCUCUUCUUCUUAAGAACUACGACAAAUUGAAUGUCCGAUCAAAUCAUUAUACACCACAUGUCGAAGGAUGUUCCCCUCUAAAACGAGACAUCAAAAAUUAUGUGUCUUCCGGGUUCUUCAACUUGGACAAACCCUCCAAUCCAUCUUCUCAUGAAGUUGUCUCUUGGAUUAAAAGAAUUCUUCGUGCCGACAAAACUGGACACAGUGGAACCCUGGAUCCAAAGGUCUCUGGAUGCUUGAUUGUUUGCAUUGAUCGAACUACUCGUCUUGCAAAAUCUCAACAAGGAGCUGGUAAAGAAUACAUUUGUAUCUUUAAGCUUCACGAAGCUGUUGAUGACGAAAGAAAAGUGCGCCAGGCUCUUGAGAAGCUUACUGGAGCUCUUUUCCAACGGCCGCCACUUAUUUCUGCUGUGAAGCGUCAGUUGCGUAUUCGUACGGUGUAUGAAAAUAAGUUUAUCGAAUAUGACCCAGAACAACAAAUGGGAAUCUUUAAUUGUAUUUGCGAGUCAGGAACCUACGUUCGUACAAUCUGCGUUCAUCUUGGUUUGAUUCUUGGAUGCGGUGGUCAGAUGCAGGAACUACGAAGAAACAGGUCUGGAAUCUGUGAUGAAAAUGAAGAGAUGGUGACAAUGCAUGACGUUCUUGAUGCUCAAUACAUGCUCGAUACUCAAAAAGAUGAGAGCUACAUGAGACAUAUUGUUCGCCCACUCGAAGCUCUUUUGACUCAACAUAAGAGAAUUGUCGUCAAGGAUAGUAGUGUAAACGCAAUCUGCUACGGCGCGAAGAUCUUGAUUCCUGGAGUUUUACGAUAUGACGAUGACAUCGAAGUUGGAAAAGAAAUUGUUAUUAUGACGACUAAGGGAGAAGCGAUUUGCAUUGCUAUUGCCCAAAUGAGUACUGCGACUAUUGCUUCAGUCGAUCACGGAAUUGUGGCCAAGUCAAAGCGGGUUAUCAUGGAGCGAGAUGUUUACGGAAGAAAGUGGGGAUUGGGACCUGUUGCUUCAAAGAAGAAGCAAAUGGUUAAAGACGGUCUUUUGGAUAAAUUUGGAAAACCCAACGACAAAACUCCAGCUUCAUGGGGAAAAGAGUUCUCAUACGAGAAAACUCAAAAACAAACUAAGGAGGAGCCAAUGGAGCAGGAUGAAGAAGCGCCUGUUCAAAAGAAACCAAAGAAGGCCGUGAAAAAGGAGGAUAGUAGCAGCGAUAGCGAAUAG